UUCAAGAUUUCGUAUGCGUUAUCAACAUCACAUCAAAAUAUUAAUAUCAUCUUCCUUCCUUCCUUGGAAAAUAAAGGUCGACCGACGACACGUUCGAUGAAUAAAUCAAAUAGAACGACAUGAGACGACGACCGGAAACGAUACGCCGGAAACAAGCGGUACGGGAGAACCGAUAAGGCCGUCUGUCGGUCGAAGAACGGUAUCACACGGGCUGUAUCGAUAAUUUCGAUUGUUCUUCACUUUUACGAUGGGAAUAAAGUUUUUCUUCCGCCAUCAUAAUGAAUGGACGGAACGAUCGACAAAUUUCAUAUUUUUUAAUUCUGACGUUGAUAUCUUUCUAUUUCUUUGUUUUUUUUCCAUGUGUAUUCACGUGCAUUCACACACACACACAGACAUCUGUAAUCUAUCGUGAAUCAGACACGUUCGAUGAAAACGUUUACAUUUUACCUCUCCUUUCCUUCUCAACGAUACAAGACGCUUUCCUUUCUUCAUCCGUUUGAAAGAACCGCCUUCUCUUGUGAUUUCGUCACGUGACUCCGUGCGACGACGUUCGCUUAUCUCGCCAUCUUGUAUUUUCCUAUUGUGCCUUUUCACAGCCACUGCGAUAUUAAGAUAUUUCGCGCGAACGUGUCGGCAUACUUUCCUUGAAUUCAUCAUAGGAAUUCCUAUGUCUCGAAUUGUAAAUUAUCCAGCUUUGUUAGAUUUACGAUGAAAGAGAGAAAGAAAGAGAGAAAGGGAGAGAGAGAAAGAGAUACAUAGAAUGGCGAAACUUUCUAUACGAUUUUCCUUGCUUUAUGAACCGAUUCGAAAAUUUGAACAUCGUAAAAUCACGAAUAUUUACGUUUAAUGUGAUCGUUGAUCAAUAUGGAAAGUGAAGGAGAAGAAAAAGUAAAAGUUGUAAUUUUUUCGAUAAUUGGUGUGUUGUUACGAAGGAGAAAAAAAAAUAACACGUGGCAACGUUUGGUAUAUUUCUUUAUGAUUAAUUCGAAAAUGGAGACGUAUUUGAGUCCGGUGGAAACACAUUGCAUGAACAUCGAUUACUUCAUCCCCGACGAAGAAAACCAAACGAGGGACUUCUCCGACGACGCAAUGGCACGAUUACACAUGGGAAGAUCCGUGAUCGCUCUCUUUAUGGUAGGCUUCCUAGCGAUAUUUUCUGCCUUUUGGACAGGAGUAGUUGGUUGUUGGCGAAGAUCACCGGGAAACAUUACAGCAACCGCCAUUUUGAUGCUAUUCGCUUGUUUACUAAGUGCCGGAGGCAUGGGACUUUGGCAUGGCGUAGAGUAUUAUGAGAAGGAAAAGAUCGUUGGCGAGGAAUACUACCAACAAUGGAGCAACGUCCUGAAGGACAACUCACUAAUCUCGUACGACUGGUCGUACGUGGUCGCUUGGGUCGGCGUCGGUUGGUCGUUAAUCAGCGCGAUCUUGUUUAGCGCUGCGGCGAUUUGCUUGAGGGGCGAGAGAAUGCGCGAGGAGGCGAUGAACAUGCAGUAUCUCAUGCCUGUGUAUCCUCAGAAACAGCAGUACGCGUAUGCAGGUUAUCCAGCACCAGCAGCGUAUCCAGGACCGUAUUAUCAUGGAUCGCAGUACGGACCAUACAAUUAUUGAAAUUUUCAAAACUCAUCGAAGAUCAUUUGAAGUGGGAUGAAUUUUUAGAUUCCAUUGAUUUUGAUGUAUGCCAGGGGCAUACAUUCAUCGUAUAUAAUCAGUCAAUCAAUCAGUCGAUCAAUUAAUCAAUCAAUCAAUCAAUCUCUCUCUCUCUCUCUUCCUCCAAAAUGGCGGAGGAAAGAAGAAGAAUCGAAGGACUUACGAACAUGACUCAAGAAAAAUCGAGUCCGACGAGCGAGAUUAAAAAGAAAGAACGAACAAAUCGAAAAAAAAGAAAAGAAAAGAAGCAAACAAAACAAAACGAAACGAAACAAGAAAUACUAAGUGCCGUCCUGUGCCUCGUUUUCUAGAACUCGAAUAAUCGAGUUGUACGAACGUUUUCUAAGGUCGUUCGCGUGGCUGACUUCCGGUGUGCGAUGCAUAAUCCUCUUCGGAAGAUGCCCCUUUCGAGCUAUGAUACGCUCCGUUUCCUUUUUUAACGCAAAAACAAAAAGUAGCACGAAGGAAAAGUUUACAUGGCACGAUGCUCUCUUGCGAGGUCGUUCGAUCGCCUAACAUUUUCUGUACUUAUCGUUAGUUAGGAAUGAGGUGAUUUCAUAAUUUCUUUUUCCUCAUCUCUUUUUUUAUCUUUAUCUUUAUCUUUAUCUUUCCAAGAUAAUGUCGCAACUGUACGAUCUUUAUGCUCUAUAUAUAUAUAUAUAUCUUUUUUUGUAAAUUAUUAUUUAAAAACGUACCGCGAUUCCAUUUCGAAGAUCGUAGUUUUGGAGGUUAGGUUUCACUUUCGUCGUUUUCCCUCCAAGGAUAUGUAUAUUUACGUAUUUACGUAUGCUCUACAUACGUAUGUAUGUUUGAAAAGAACAUACAUAUUAGUUAUUGGUUUGAAAUGAUUUGUUAAACAUAGAUUUUCUUUCAUUCAUUCUUACGAGAAUCAAUGAACCGACUGAAUUUCAUUCGAAUUGCAUAAAUAAGAUGGAAAUCUAUCGUUUGUUGCAUUUUUAUUCAGACAAGGAGGGAUCAUUUUCGAUCGUCACUCAUUCGCGAGACUCUCUCUCUUUCUCUCUCUCUCUUUUUCUCUCUCUGUCUCUCUCUCUCUCUCUCUCUAUCUAUCGUCUAGUUAUUUUGAUACAUAGAUAUGUAAGAUUUUUCAUUCGAGAUAGGCAAAUCACGUAUUUAAGUAAAACCAUUAACAAUACUUUGAAUCACUAUUGAAAAAAUUACUAUUCUGAUUAUUUCUGUCUUUGAUAUCGAUUUAUAGGCCUUUAUUUAGAUUCGAGAUUGUAAAUCUAAAUUAGGUCUAAAAUAAAAGACGUGGUGCUCCAACAUAAAGAAGAGUGAUUUUUUCGUGUAAUACGUUUAUCUUUUUUUUUUAUUUUUUUUUUCUUGCAAUUUAUGCUUUACCUAUCCUCUCGCUCACCACGAUGGUACCUUAAUGUAAGGCGUUAUUGAAUAAAAAGAAACAAAAGAAGUAAUCUAUUUAGCAUACAUUUAUAAUGUGAAUAAAUGGACGAAAGAAAAGUAUUUCCUUUUUGCAUUUACAUGUAUAUAUAAUAUGUGUAUAUGUGUAUGUGCAUAUAUAUAUAUAUAUAUCAUAUACCAUAUAUCGUAUAUCGUAUAUCGCUCAUAUAUAUGUAUAUGUGUGUGUAUAUGUAUAUAUACAUGUAUAUAUACAUGUAUAUAAUAUAUAUAUGUAUAUGUUGUGUGUGUGUGUGUGUGUCAUCUACGAUAGUUUAUUACCAGGAGUAAAAAUAGUAUAAAUGAUUUGAUAUUUAUAACUCGAGUGACAUUACGUAAUAUGUAUAAUGAUUUAUCUCUUUUUUUUUAUAAAUUUUACAAUAGUAUAACGAAAGAA